UUUUUGAGGGCUGUCAGUUCAGUCAUCACGGGUGAUGUGUUUGCAGCAAGGAAAAUUUUAUAGAAAUCGUUAAUAAUGGCAGAUCAGCUACUAAUUCACGAUGAUAUUAAACUAUAUACAACGUCCGAUAAGUUCUACCUGGAGCCCACCGUAAACCCUACAGAGGUACUGGUCAUCGACAGGGUGUCCGGGGAAGCAUCUGUCAAAGCUUACGGCACUGUUAAGAUUCCGAUCCCAGAGAAUGCAUACAAACCCGUCUGCGGCUUUCUCGGCUCCAUCAAGCUCAUAUCCGGCUUAUAUCUGGUGGUUGCCAAAUAUAGGAUACUGAUCGGCAAACUAAACGGACACGAUAUCUACCAGUUGGCGGGCACCGAUAUCAUUCCGUACGCGCGGUCAACCACCCAUCUUACUAACAAACAGAUAGAAGACAACACCACAUAUGAGCGUAUGGUCCGCGCGGCGCUGGACGCGCCGGGCAUGUAUUUCUCGUACGGAUACGACAUCACACAUACACUGCAGCGGUUGCACUCUGUAGCCGCAGACUUCCACUCGAUGUCAAUGGCGUCCCGCGCUGACAGUCGGUUCCUGUGGAACGGGCACCUCCUCCGGGACUACUCACAUUUACAGUUCGCCAGGUUCGCGCUGCCCGUCAUACAAGGCUUCGUGGCAAUAAACAAGGUUACGGUGAACGGGCACAGGCUCACGUGGUCCGUGGUCUCUCGGCGCAGCGUGGCCCGCGCCGGGACCAGGCUCUUCAUGCGAGGAGUUGAUGCAGAGGGCAACGUAGCGAACUACGUGGAAACUGAGCAAAUAAUCGAGCGAGACGGCGAGAAGUCCUCCUUCGUCCAAACCCGUGGCUCCAUCCCACUCUUCUGGUCCCAGUACCCUAACAUCAAAUACAAGCCAGCUUGCACGUUGGCCCACGAGGACCAUGUAGCGGCCUACACUAAACAUAUGAAAGAGCAACUGCAACUGUAUGGAAGCCAAGUUCUCAUUAAUUUGAUCGACCACUGCGGCAAAGAGGAGGCGCUCGAACUCGGUUUCCGCUCCGCCGUCUUCGCGGCCGCGUUGCCCGGCGUUCGCUACGAGCCCUUCGACUUCCACACGGAGUGCCGCGGCAUGCGCUACGACAGGCUGAAUGUACUCAUAGACCGGAUAGCGCACGAACAGACCGAGUUCGGGUACUUCAUGUCGCGCGGCGGCAGCGUCCUCUUGCGGCAGAGCGGCGUGUUCCGGACCAACUGCGUCGACUGUCUCGACCGCACUAACGUUGUGCAGAGUCUACUAGCCAAGCGGCAGCUGGCGGGGGCAUUGAAACUGCUCGCCGUGACCCCGCCAGACCAUUACCCGGAACUAGAUGUGCUUUUUAACAACGUGUGGGCGGACCACGCGGACAUGAUAUCCACGCAAUACUCCGGCACCGGAGCCCUGAAGACCGACUUCACUCGCACCGGCAAGCGGACUAGAUUAGGCCUCCUAAGGGACGGGGUCAACUCCCUCACGAGGUACUUCAAGAACAACUUCACUGAUGGCUUCCGACAGGACUCGAUUGACUUGCUUCUGGGCAAGUACGUGGUGCGCGACGGAGAAAGCAACACAGCGCUCUGUCCUCUUCGAAGAGACAGAGACUGGAAGUACAUCACCUUCCCGUCGGUGUUGCUGGUGGCUAUGUCCAUGUUCAUGGCGAGUGUGGCGCUGCCCUCCAAGUACACCAGCGAAGUGCUGUUCAGCCUCAUGUUCUGGGGCGCCUGCAUGGGCGCCACCCUCGCCUAUAUAGUCAAGCACGGCAAGGAGUUCGUGGACUGGCCGCGCCUCGACUGCGCCGGCGUGGCGGGGCUCCGCUCGCGGCCGCAGUUAUGAUCCUGGAGCCGCCGCUCUCCGUCCUCAUAGUGUAGGCACA